AACGUUUUGUUUGUUUACCUUAAAUUUAGUACGACUGCUAAGCAUUUUUUUAAAUUUUUACAAUUCAUACAUUAAAAAAAUAAGUGAACGUACUAAGUUUCUUCCUACAGUUUAAUAGUUUUAAUAGAAAUUAAAAAAAAUGGUUUGCGCACUUGGUAUUGAGGGUAGUGCUAAUAAAAUUGGUAUUGGCAUAAUUCGCGAUGGAGAAGUUUUGGCAAAUGUGCGGCGUACCUAUGUGACACCGCCGGGUGAAGGAUUUUUACCGAAGGAAACUGCUGCACAUCAUAGAGAUUUCAUUCAUCAACUUAUAAAACAAGCGCUGAAAGAGUCACAACUUAAACCAAACGAUUUGGAUGUCAUAUGCUAUACUAAAGGCCCCGGUAUGGCGCCUCCCCUGUUGAUCGGAGCAAUAGUCGCACGAACACUGUCUUUGUUGUGGGAAAAACCUCUUCUGGGAGUGAAUCAUUGCAUUGGUCACAUAGAAAUGGGACGCCUCAUAACUGGCGCUUUGAAUCCCAUUGUGCUCUAUGUGAGUGGCGGCAAUACGCAAGUAAUUGCCUACUCUAAUAAACGUUAUCGCAUUUUUGGUGAAACGAUAGAUAUUGCUGUUGGCAAUUGUCUUGACAGAUUUGCGCGCAUUAUUAAGCUAUCAAAUGAUCCCAGUCCAGGUUAUAAUAUCGAACAGUUAGCUAAGAAUGGGAAAAAUUAUAUCAAACUUCCUUAUGUUGUUAAGGGCAUGGAUGUGAGUUUCUCUGGUAUACUUUCACACAUCGAAGAACUUGCCGACCCCAGCAAACGACGCAAUAAACGUAAGAAGGGAGAAAUAAAUGCUGAAGAGCCAGAGCAUACUAAGGAGGAUCUUUGCUAUUCAUUACAAGAGACGAUUUUUGCAAUGCUGGUGGAAAUUACGGAACGUGCAAUGGCGCACUGCGGUUCAAAUGAGGUGCUGAUUGUGGGUGGUGUGGGAUGUAAUGAGCGUCUGCAAGAAAUGAUGGGUAUCAUGUGUGAGGAGCGUGGUGGCAAGCUAUUUGCUAUUGACGAGCGUUAUUGUAUUGACAAUGGACUGAUGAUUGCACAUGCAGGCGCUGAAAUGUUCCGUUCUGGCACCCGCAUGCCUUUCGAAGAUUCAUUUGUAACGCAACGUUAUCGCACAGAUGAAGUGCUGGUCACAUGGCGAGAUGAUUAACAUAGCUAUAUGUUAUAUAUAUGAUUUUUAAAGUGAUUCGACAAAAUUUAACAACAUUGUUUAACUUAAAUUCCCAAAAAUAAUCAUUUCUGUUUGAACUUUAAUAAAGUACUACUGCUAAUAACUAUAACAUUACUCAAUUCCAGCAUGGUAACACACUUAAAGUAUUGUGUUGCUUUAUUCAUUCAACUCUCUCUCGAUGCCACGCCAAUAACUUUUCAUUUCCAUUGGGAAUAGUCGCUUUCCUUCAAUUAUAUACACUUCGCCAUUUUUCUCCUUUUCCAAAGCGCUGAGUAUACAACGAGACACAUCUGUGGCGCUUUGCUUAUUGAGACGGUCCAGCACUC